AUUCGACGUGAACCGACAACCGCCAUAUUUGAAGUUUGUUUUUAAUGAUUUUCUUAUCAUUAUUUCCAAUUAUCACCGUCAUCAAAGGAAACUUUUCGUUUUUGAAGUGUCAUUACAUAUAAAACAGUAUUUCAGACAGCCAUGGCAACCGUAUUGGAAGACCCUACCCUUGAGCGGCAUUUUAAAGGCCACAGGGAUACUAUUACCAGUCUUGACUUCAAUCCAAAUAUGAAGCAGUUAGCAUCUGGUUCUAUGGACUCAUGUCUUAUGGUAUGGAAUUUUAAACCUCAGAUGAGAGCAUACAGAUUCGUUGGCCAUAAGGAUGCCAUUCUUUCGGUGUGUUUCUCCCCCUCAGGACACUUAGUAGCAUCAGCAUCUAGGGACAAAACUGUCAGACUUUGGAUACCUAGCGUAAAGGGAGAAAGCACAGUAUUUAAGGCCCACACAGCGACAGUUCGUAGCGUUGAUUUCUCCAGUGAUGGGCAGUACAUGUGCACAGCCUCAGAUGAUAAAACAGUGAAACUCUGGGCCACACACAGGCAGAAGUUCCAAUUCUCCCUCAGUCAGCAUAUGAAUUGGGUCAGAUGUGCAAAGUUUUCCCCAGAUGGCCGUCUUAUUGUUUCUGGCUCAGAUGAUAAAACUGUGAAACUUUGGGACAAGUCGAGCAAAGAAUGUGUGCAUACAUAUUUUGAACACGGCGGGUUUGUCAAUGAUGUUGCGUUUCAUCCAAGUGGUACAUGUAUUGCUGCAGCCAGUACAGACUCCACUGUGAAGGUGUGGGAUAUAAGAAUGAACAAAUUAUUACAACACUACACAGCACACACUGCUGCAGUAAACAAACUAUCAUUCCAUCAAAGUGGAAAUUACCUCCUCACAGCCUCUGAUGAUUCCACAUUGAAGGUGCUUGACCUAUUAGAAGGCAGAUUAUUCUACACGCUACAUGGUCACCAGGGGCCAACUUCAGCAGUUGCUUUCUCAAGGAAUGGGGAAUUUUUCGCAUCUGGAGGGUCUGAUGAACAGGUUCUUGUUUGGAAGACCAACUUUGAUCAAGUGGAUUACAAUGAAGUCCUACAAACACACAGAGCUAGGUCAAUGGAGGCUGCUCCCCCAACCAUACAUGACAUCCCACCCCGUACCCCACCUAAAUCACCAUCUCGCCACACUGAAUCAACUAAGAGAUUUGAUGCUCGCUCAGAGUUACGUAACAUGUCAGAUGUGACACCAGGCGUGACAGACAUUGGGCCUACUAUGUUUUCGCAAUCUCAGGCAAAUGGAUCAGUAGCGAGCGGUCUUCAAGACCUAGACCUCACAUCAGGAGACCAAUCAGCGAGGACCUUCAGCACGACACAGACGCAGAAGUUAGAGGCGAAGAACAUGCCCCCAGAGCUGGCCAAUACCCUCGAACACAUAGUGCAACAACUUGAUAUCAUAACACAGACUGUAUCUAUAUUAGAGCAGAGGUUGACAAUGACAGAAAACAAACUGAGAGAAUGCCUUGACAACCAACAAAAAAUAACAUUGCAAAUUCGACCUACUGAUUGAGGAUAUAUGGAACAAUAUAAUUAUUUAUAUUAUAACACA